AUGCUGUCACGAACCCUUCAUCGUCGAGCCGCUGCGGUAGCCCCGCAUGGUGCUGUGAGGCCUCUCAGCACCACGGCCGUCGUGCAGUCCAAGACUCCUUCGAUGGGAGACAUCAACCCUUCCAGGGCACAAAUCGAUUCUUUCAACAGGAAGCAGCACGAGUUCCGAGAGAAGCUGGUGGAGGCACAGAGAGAACGGGGAGCACGUGCGUUAUCUGCCAAUUCUUCCGCGUCCGAGAUGUCGGGCCAAGGCUCAUCCAAAACUGAUGUAGGAGCAACCGCCCAAGCGAACAAACAAGAGACUGAGCGCAAGUCUGGCCCUCUGUCUAAUCUCAUUUACGGUACCAAGGAGGGCAGGGAGAUGGAGGCUCAGAUCGAGGCCAGCUUCAGUCAGGUGCUGGCCCGCGGCAAAUACGUCCACUCUAUUGUCUUCCACGAGGUGAAGCCCGGGAAGGUAGACGAGUACAUGGAGCUUGUUGGCCAGUAUUACCCAAAGAUUGCCAAUGCUCCUGAAAACAAGGUGCAUCUCGUCGGCAGUUGGCGAACCGAAGUAGGCGACUGUGACACCUUUGUGCAUAUUUGGGAAUACCAAAAGUACGAGGGUUACCAUCAAUCUCGAUACUCCAUCACCCACCACCCCGAAUUUGCGGAUUUCGACAGCAAGCUGAAGCUGUUGAUCAAUUCUAAGAAGAUUUCGCUCAUGCAAGAGUUCUCUUUCUGGCCCACGACGCCACCGCGACAGCUGGGCGGCAUCUUUGAGCUUCGCUCGUAUACUCUACAUCCCGGAAACCUGCUCGAGUGGGAGACACACUGGCGACGGGGCCUGAAGGCUCGACGAGAGGUGAUGGAAGGCGUCGGCGCGUGGUUCGUUCAAAUCGGCGAACUCAACACUGUUCACCACCUGUGGCAGUUUGCCAACCUGGAGGAACGUCGAGAGCGUCGGGAGAAGAGUUGGUCUGUCGAGGGAUGGAGUGACACAGUUCACAAGACGGUGCCACUGAUUCAGAGCAUGAAGUCACGAAUCCUGAUUCCCAUGCCCUGGUCGCCCGUGGCAUAG